AUCAGGUAGGAAUCGGCUUCGGCAACUCGUGGACCGAGGUUUGUUGUUGAUCAUGGCCAGUCGAAUUUUUAAUUGUUUAAAGAGGGAUUUAAUCCCUGCGGGAGUUCAGCAAGUGAGAAAUGGACAUCUGAUGAGGGGAAAACCCGUGGGAGUUGCCAGGACAUUGGCACAAAGGCUCGCAGAAUUGAAUGCCAAGGAUCCAGAACUCAGUUUCAGAGUUGAUAUUGGGUUCAAACCCAAGAAGGUCUCGAGGGCUGAGAUGUCAGCUGGUUUUCUUGAGAAUGUGAAGGAGAAUAGGAAGAAUCCGGAGAUGGAGAAGAAGGCUCGGCGAAAAGAAUUAUUGAUUGACCUAAAAGCAUCAAAAGAGGACUGGUGGCAAACUGAUGCUCCAAGCCACAUAAAAACAAUAGCAGAGCAUUACGGUAUCUUCAACGACCUUUAUGGAGAUGCGUACUUUUACCCCACAAUUCCUUUAGAGAUCAAAUACGAGUUGAAUGAGGAAACGAUAGCACCUGUUCACAGAGGGAAUUUAUUAAAGCCGAAUGAGGUGAAAAAUAUUCCCUUUGUCAAAUAUACCGCUGAGCCAGACUCUCUUUGGACACUUCUUCUCACAACCCCUGAUGGGAAUUUGACGAAUAGAGAGCUAGAGUACUGUCACUGGUUCGUUGGAAAUAUUCCUGGGGAUCAAGUUGAUAAGGGAGACGUUCUGAUUGAUUACAUGAUGCCCAUUCCAGCGCGUGGCUUAGGCUAUUGUAGAUACAUCUUUGUGCUUUAUAAACAAGAGAAAAAGAUUGAUCUCUCGGAGUAUAAGAAGAUACAGCCGUGUUUGGAGCUGGAACAACGCAAUUGGAGGACUAGGGACUUCUACAAGAAACAUCAGGAUGUUCUCACUCCUGCGGGCUUAUCUUUCUAUCAAGCUGAUUGGGACGACAGUGUUCAGGAGUUUUAUCACCGCAGUUUACAAAUGAAAGCUCCAAUCUUCGAGUACGAUUUUCCAUCUCCCUACAUUCGCCCUCAAGAGUGGUUUCCCAAAGGCAAACCCUUCAAUUUAUACAUGGAUAAAUAUCGAGAUCCUAAGGACAUCAAUAAAGACUUUCUACUGAGGAAAUUCAAAGAGAUCAACCCCUUCAAAGAAACGAAACCAAAAUACAAGUAUCCCAAUGCCCAGCCAAUAAAGAACACACCUUCGUGGCUGGUACUUGAGAAGAGAAAGGAGCGUUUGGGUUGGGGGCGUGUCAAUGAAAUUAAAUAAUUUAUUGAUAAGUACUGAAAAUAAAUAUUGUUAUGGAUAAAGUAUGAAUAAUUGGACAAUUUAUCACUGGUAUCGAAUAUUUGCUUCGACGAUUUGCUGGCUACGAUUCUUUAUAUCCUCACGAGUGAAGACUGAUGUAUCGAUCACUUCGUGCUCCACAACGAUUCCUGUAUGAAAUAUGAAAAUUGAAGAAAGGAAUAUUUGAUAUGAUGGACUAUGUCUGGGGAUGAUGGAGGGAAUCAGGUCAGAAGUUCACUUUUGAAUUAUUUUCUCACGUAAUUACUGAGUGAUUGCUGAACUUUGAGAGCAAAUGAUUGGAUUGAAAAUUGGUAUAACAUUGUUCCAAUAAUUAUAUCAGUUUUUUUCGAUGGAAAUCUUCGAUAAGAAUAUUUUUUUCCAAAAAUCAAUGGAAUUUAAAUUUUAUAUAAGAAUUAAUCCAUUGAGAUUAUUUCUAUGGACUUUUCACGUAAUAAACGAAUAGAGUGAAAAUGAAA